ACAAUUCAAAAACGAAAAGAUGGUUCCCUGACCUUUGAUAAGAGUUGGGAUGACUAUAAAAAUGGUUUUGGUGCGCCUGAACAGAAUGUCUGGAUAGGAAAUGACGUCAUCCACCAGUUGACAAAGGGACACAACUCUUUUCUCUACAUCUCCAUCACGUUAUUUAUUGGUACAACACUGUAUGAGCUGUAUGACAAAUUCUCUGUUUCUGAUGAAGCAGACAAGUAUCAACUGUUUCUAUCUGGACCUGUCACGGGAACUUUAGGGGGCAGUAUGUUAAACACGGGGGAUUCUUACUCAGAUCUGUCUGGGAUGUCGUUCUCCACCCUGGACAGAGACCACGACAGAUGGUAUGGUGGUAGUUGUGCUGUAAGUUAUUGUGGAGGAGGAGGCUGGUGGUAUAACAAUUGUCAGUACGCCAACCUUAACGGUCCCUGGUCUCCAGCAUACUGGGUCUAUCCGUGGUAUCCGACACUUGAUAAUGGUAGAGAUAUAAAGAAAACUGUCAUGAUGAUCAGACGACAUUAG